CAAUUACGGAAGACUUUUUGAUUUAGAUAACUUUUGUUUAAUGAAAAAAUGACCAAGUGCUGCAUAAAAUCCCGCAAAAUUUCGCAGGUCGACGCUAAGAAGCAAAAUAGUGCAGUGAGUUUUCAUCAGCAACCGAAGGAACCCGCGGUACGCAAAAAAUGGCUCGCGUUCUGUGGCCGUAAGGAUGGAUCCGACAUAUACGUGUGCUCUCAGCAUUUCGAAUUAACGGAGUUUGUCAUUGUUUAUAUGGAAAACGCAAGGAGGGUUCUUAUAAAAUCUGCUUUGCCAUCCGUUCGUUGCCCUCCAACUGAGUCUGCUCGAUCCAUCAGAGCAAAACUGAGGAACCGGAGGCAAGUGGUCGAAGAAUUUCUACAGAGAAAUGCAAAUUUGGGGAUCAGUUGAAGUCAUCGCCCUCGAUUACAAUAAAGGAUCUUCUAAGAUGGUUAUUCCACGACGACGGAACAAUCCACGGUAAAAAAAACGCGUUCUGUAACAACAGAAUCACGCUGAAAAAAGCCAUUCAAUACUCAUUUUGAGAUGGGAAAUUCACUCAACAAGGAUAUAUGUUUCACCUUUUAUACGAGCGUUCACUAUUUUCAGUAUUAUAGUACUUUAAUCAUGUUAAUUUGACCAACUUUUCUAGUAAACUGUAUUACGCACUGCAGCCCCGAUGAUGUUAUGACGUCAUCACUGUAAUACACACAAUGUUUACGUUUUUUCGAUCACCUAUACCACGGCAAACCGAGUUCAUCCACACCUCUACAUCUAGCUCAUGGAGUCGAACGCGCCCUCUGCGACUGAGGCUGUGGGGAUAAGCAAGCCACCGCAGUCGAACUCGCAGAGG